GCAUCAUUCAUUCUAAAUAUAUCCAUCGUGAACUUAUACAUACAUCUCAGUUAGCAUACAAACCCAAUCGCUCCCCUAUAAACCCCAAUUGGGCAUCUCGGAGCCGCACUCAAUCCUUUCCUCCUUACACCCCUUCCGCCACGCUCAAACCACGUCACACCGGCGAAGACGGCCACCAGGCUGCAACCCCACAAAUAUCGCCUUUUGCUUCAACUACACCACCAAAUCCGAUAUCCAUCCUCACCUUCUUCUUUUUUGCUCCUCUUCUCCUUUCCCUCACAUACUCACAACACUCGCCUACCAAUCAUGUCUCUGGCACAGCUCGCACAGCUGCUGCCCCUCCCAGACGAGGAUCUCCAGCAAGCUCUCGACUACGCCGCCACUCUCUCCAAGGAAGAUGCCGUCACACACUUCUCCAACAUGCUCGGCGACUCGCCCCUCGCCGUCGACUUUAUUGCCUCAUUCAAUGCGAAAAGACAGCCUCCUAAGCCCGUAGCUGCUGUACCGUCGAGAAAACCUGCUAAUACCGAAUCACUCGACGCCGUUCCCAAGACUAAGCGUGCGCCAAAGAAGCCAAAAGCCCCGCUACACACGCCGCAAGCUCGACAAGCAACAAGCUAUGCCGGCCCAGCAGGCACCGUAUACAAUAGAAAAGACUAUGAAGACUAUGGAUACACAUCACAACCCAAAAAGACAACCGCUUCCUCGAGUAACAGUACGCCCAGGUCUGGAACCCCAGCAGCACCAGCAGCCAAACCCAUCGUCGUCGAACCUGCGCCUAAGCACGCCCCAAAGCAACAUGCCUCGUCUGCAGGCUUCCUGAUUGCCGAUGCGCUCUCCAAACCCAAAUCAAAAUCCAACCCUACGUCAAGAAGCUCAACACCAAAACCCUCUUCGACCUCUACCAAAAUCUCGAUAUCGGGUGGCACGCCCAUGGCUGGCCAGUCCACAGCUCUUGCUGACCUUGAAGCAGCCAUUCGCACGCUCGAAACUAGCACCAAUCCUACACUUGAUAACCCGAAAGCUCGACGUUGUAAUUGCGUUGCCACACGACACCCUCUUCAAAGCGCUGCGCCCAACUGCCUCUCUUGCGGCAAGGUGAUUUGCAUGAAGGAGGGACUUGGCCCCUGCACAUUUUGCGGGACGGCCUUGUUGUCAUCGGACGAAGUGCAAGCUAUGGUUCGCCAGCUCAAAGAUGACCGCGGAAAGGAACGCAUGGCAGCCAAUGCGGCGCAGAACCGGCGUGCAGAGAUAUCGCAGAAGCCUGCGCCAUUCUCCCAGAACAAAGUCACAGCAGCUCCCUCUACCGAUCCAUCAUUAUCCGAGGCCGCCGAUAAAGCACGCCAACACCGUGAUAAGCUCCUCAACUUCCAAGCCGAAAAUGCGCAGCGUACCACUGUUCGCGACGAAGCUGCCGACUUUGACGUCAGCGUGGCAGUCUCUGGGUCGAGUGGGAACCUGUGGUCUACUCCCGAAGAGCGUGCGCGCGAGCUAAAGCGCCAGCAAAAACUCCUGCGCGAGAUGGAAUGGAACGCGCGGCCCGAGUACGAAAAGCGCCAGCAAGUUAUCAGCAUUGAUAUUGUCAAGGGCAAAGUUGUUCGCAAAAUCGCCCCUGCCUCGCGACCACGCACGCCUGACUCAGAAGAAGACGAGCAGCCCGGACCAGUCUUUGCAGAGACGAGCGGCAAUCCCAAGAAGACGGGCGGCGCAUAUAGCGGUAACCCGCUGCUUGGCUCUGUUAUGAAGCCGGUGUUUGUCGCAGAAGCCGACGCUGUUGGCCGUGACUCGCAGACUGCGAGAAAGACUCGCUGGCGCCGUGUACAGGACAACUUGGAGGAUAAUGAAGAUUUGAUUUUGGAUGGCGGUUUGUGCGGACAUUCUAUAGAGACAAGCGGUGGUGAUGAACCAGAGUGUGGUUAGCUCGAGCAUAUAUAUCAUAUCCAACGACACGCAUAUAUAGACGG